UAGGAGUAGGGUGGGGAUGCCCCGGGCUCGGGGAGGGGCCACCGCUCUGUCAGCCGCGGCAGAGACGCCGGUGAGCUCGGCGCGAGUAGAGCCAGAGCCCCCAGUUCUUUGCUCGCCCGCUCGCUAGCUUUCUCGAUCACUCCCUCCCUUCCUCCCUCCCUUCUUCCCGGCGGCCGCGGCGGCGCUGGGGAAGCGGCGAAGAGGAGUGGCCCUGCCCUGGAAGAAUGCGGCUCUACCGAGGGGGCAGAACCCGACGCAGUCUCCCCACGGUUUGAACAGCCAGAGCCCAGGCGACCCAACCGCGCCGGUGGCGGACUCCACACCAGAGCAGCUGGAGGCCCUGAUCGAUCUGCCCACCGGCGCCUUCGGGCCCGGGCUUCGACAUGCGGGAGGAGCCCCGGCCGCGGCCUCCGCCCUCGGGCCUCGCGGGUCUCCUGUUCCUGGCGUUGUGCAGUCGGGCCCUAAGCAAUGAGAUUCUGGGCCUGAAGCUGCCGGGCGAGCCGCCGCUGACCGCCAACACCGUGUGCUUGACGCUGUCGGGCCUGAGCAAGCGGCAGUUAGGCCUGUGCCUGCGCAGCCCCGACGUGACGGCGUCGGCGCUUCAGGGCCUGCACAUCGCAGUCCACGAGUGUCAGCACCAGCUGCGCGACCAGCGCUGGAACUGCUCUGCGCUGGAGGGCGGCGGCCGCCUGCCGCACCACAGCGCCAUCCUCAAGCGCGGUUUCCGGGAGAGUGCUUUUUCCUUCUCCAUGCUGGCUGCUGGGGUCAUGCACGCAGUAGCCACGGCCUGCAGCCUGGGCAAGCUGGUGAGCUGCGGCUGCGGCUGGAAGGGCAGUGGUGAGCAGGAUCGGCUGAGGGCCAAACUGCUGCAGCUGCAGGCACUGUCCCGGGGCAAGAGUUUUCCCCACUCCUUGCCCAGCCCAGGCCCUGGCUCAGGCUCCAGUCCUGGCCCCCAGGACACAUGGGAAUGGGGUGGCUGUAACCAUGACAUGGACUUUGGAGAGAAGUUCUCUCGGGAUUUCUUGGAUUCCAGGGAAGCUCCCCGGGACAUCCAGGCACGCAUGCGAAUCCACAACAACAGGGUGGGGCGCCAGGUGGUAACUGAAAACCUGAAGCGGAAAUGCAAGUGCCAUGGCACGUCUGGCAGCUGCCAGUUCAAGACCUGCUGGAGGGCAGCCCCAGAGUUCCGAGCGGUGGGGGCAGCCUUGAGGGAGCGGCUGGGCCGCGCCAUCUUCAUCGAUACCCACAACCGCAACUCUGGAGCAUUCCAACCCCGCCUUCGUCCCCGACGCCUCUCAGGAGAGCUGGUCUACUUUGAGAAGUCUCCUGACUUCUGUGAGCGAGACCCCACCGUGGGCUCCCCGGGCACGCGGGGCCGGGCCUGCAACAAGACCAGUCGCCUGCUGGAUGGCUGUGGCAGCCUGUGCUGUGGCCGUGGGCACAAUGUGCUCCAGCAGACGAGGGUUGAACGCUGUCACUGCCGCUUCCACUGGUGCUGCUAUGUGCUGUGUGACGAGUGCAAGGUCACAGAGUGGGUCAACGUGUGUAAGUGAGGGUCAGCCUCACUGCAGGGCUGGGGAAGGGGAGGAGCACCAGUGCAGACUUUUGCUCUGAUUUCUGUCCAGGGCCAAUCAUUCUUGGCCCCGGAAGCCCACAGUAUCUACCUGGAAAUAGCUUUGGGGGCAGUAGGGGUCAGGUGGAGUCUGUGAGGUGUGGCCUUCUCCCCAACAGUUAGGAGGGCCUUAGGGGGGACCUGUCCCCCUCUACUGCUCCUUAAAACACCUGAAUGGACUAAGAUGAAAUGAACUGUAUUGCUACCCUCUACCCAACCCUGCGGUCCCUUUAACUCUGAUGCAUACUCCUCUUGGCUGGGGAGUCCUUAUAGUUUGACCACUCUUCUUCUUUGAGGGUGAGCCCCAGGCAUCCUGUGGAGCCAUAAGACUUGCAUCCAGAAAGAGACCACUCACUUCUAUUUGCUGUUCCCAAACUCCUCUACUGCAGUAUGGGCCCCCUCUUAGGGAGUAAUGGGAAACAGCAGUAGAGAGGGUUUUCUUAGGGAAGGGAGAGAGUACAGGGCACUCAGAAACCCGGAAAGUUGUCUGUCCAGGCCCUUAGGGAAGCUGCCCUCUCCCCCCAAUUCAGAUGUUAAAGGGGACCCUCCAAAGGAAGAGUUUUACCCAAGACUCUCUGAGCCUCUUUUUCUUUCUUCAGCAGGAGGGAUGGGAAUGGAUAAUUUAUUGUACUGAGACUUGUUCUUGGUUCUUGUUUGUAACAAAAAUAAAUUAAGUUACUGGA